CACUUUGAUCUGGCCGACCGGAUGUUUCAUAGUGUGGAGGACGCGUGGCGCUCGGCCUCCGAGCACAACAUGGCCGACGUGCGGGAGCUCAUACCCGAGUUCUUCUACCUGCCCGAGUUUCUCACCAACGCCAACCAAUUCGACCUCGGUCACAAGCAGAACGGGACGGCGCUGGACGACGUGGUGCUGCCGGCCUGGGCCAAGGGUGACCCGCGCGAGUUUAUCAGGGUGCACCGCGAGGCACUGGAGUGUCCCUACGUGUCGUCACAUCUGCACCACUGGAUCGACCUGAUAUUCGGCUGCAAGCAGCAGGGUCACGGCGCUGUGGACGCCUACAACGUGUUCCACUAUCUCUUCUACGAGGGAAACGUCGACAUCUUCAGCAUCGAGGACCCGCUGAAGAAGACUGCCACCGUGGGUUUCAUCAACAACUUCGGCCAGAUCCCGCGUCAGCUGUUCAAGAAGCCUCACCCGCAGCGGCGGCUGGUCGGCAGCAGUCUGCAGUCUGUGCGCCUCACGAACCGUCUUCUGGACGGCGCCUGGCAGCAGAACAUCAGCGGCAGCGACAAACUCUUCUUCCACGCGCUGGACGGACUCAGACCCAGCAUGCAGCCCGUCAAAGAGCUGAAGGGCCCCAUCGGUCACAUCGUACCCCAGGAGCGCUCCGUGCUGGCGGUCGAGCAGAACAAGUACAUUGUGCCCGGAAACAGCGGGCGCUACGUGGCCUGGGGCUUCGCCGAUCACAGUAUCCGCGUGGGGAGCUACGAGACGGACCGCGCCUCCCUGGUGGCGGAGCUCGUCUACAGCGGCGAGGUGCUCUGCUGUGUGGCACCGAGACCCAAACUGAUCGUCACCGGAGGCACCAGCACGGUGGUGGUAGUGUACGAGUACGGUAAGCGCCGUCUGCAGGUGAAGGCCCGUCUCUGCGGCCACACAGAGGCGGUCCUGUCGCUGGCCGCCAGCACCGCCUACUCACUCAUCGUGUCGGGCUCGCGGGACGGCACGUGUAUUGUGUGGGACCUGUUCCGGCUGACGUACGUCCGUCAGCUGAGGGGCCACUCGGCCCCCGUGGCCGCCGUGGCCAUCAAUGACGUCACGGGCGACAUCGCCACGUCGUCCGGCACGUGGCUGCACGUGUGGACCGUGAACGGCGCCGAGGUGGCACGUGUUAACACGGCUGUGGGCGCCUCCGAUCGGAUGCAGCAGAUCCUCUGUCUGGGGUUCAGUCAGAGUAACGAGUGGGACGCGGAGAAUGUCAUUAUGACAGGGAGCACGGACGGUGUGGUGAGGAUGUGGUCUCUGGACUACGUUCAAGUCCCCGUGGCCUCGCCCUCUCCGGAGGCCAGUCCCGACUCGACCUCCUCCGAGAGGUCGCUGCCCGAGCGUCUGUCCGUCGGGCCGGGACAAAGACGGUCUUCCAAGGCGGACGAGAUCGUACGGAAAAUGUCACUGGUCAGCGGUGAUCUGUCGCCACAGGGCGGCCUGUCGCCCUCGCUCUCGGCCGCGGCGGCCGGCGGUGGCGGCUGGGUGGGUCUGGCCGGCCGCUGCGUGGCCCUCCUACCCGACGCUCUCAGAGAGGAUGUACGUGAUGUGGUGGAGGCCGUGAGACGCGCCAGUCUGGUGGCCCCGGCGGCCGGCGCGGCGCUGGGGGCGCAGAGAGCCGCUCAGGGGACGGACACGGGAACCGUGCUGCUCCGUUCCGGCUCGGAAUCCAGUCUCUCUGAGGGCGGUGAGGGCUCUGAGGACGACAUCCGCUCGUGUGGUACCGGCGGAUCCGCCUCCAAAAGGUCCUCCCGCCGACCAUCCAUGCUGAGGAGACAGCAGGCGGUGUCUGGGGCCUCCGGAGGCGCACAUACGGUGCAGCUGAGCGCCGCCCUGGAGGCGCUGGCCAGUGUCAGCUCCUGCGAGGAGGCGGACCAGUCCCCCGGGCCGUCGUCCCAGCACCCGCCCUCAGCCCAGUCUCAGUCUCAGUCACAGUCACAGUCACAGUCACAGUCACAGUCACAGUCACAGGGACAGACAAAGGGUCAGGCGCUGGCGGCCGGCAAGGCGCACAGUCUGGAGACGGCUCCCGAACAAACGGUGGUGCGUCGUCAGAAGUCUGAGCACAACACCCAGGAGGCGCGCAAAUCGACUGGCGACCGCCUGAUGCCCCCGGGCGUCGCCGCCGGGGCCGGAGGGGAGCUCCGGGGGAGCCGGAGCGACACGAACCUGGCCGCCGCCGAGCAGGGCUUCGUGGUGGUGACGGCCGCCGACCUGGCGCCCGCAGCCGACAGGGAGAAAAGGAAACUGCUCAGGGAGGGGUUCCGCUGGCAGUGUCAGCUCGUGUUCCGAAGUAAACUCACCAUGCACACCGCCUAUGACCGACGGGAUAACGCCGAACCAGCCAGUGUAACGGCCCUGGCCGUGUCCAAGGACCACCGGACUGUCUACGUGGGCGACUCUCGCGGCAGAGUCUGGGCCUGGAGCGUCUCCGACUCGACAGGUCCCUCCGACCACUGGCGCCGGGACGACUCGGCCCUGGCGUGCGCGCUCUGCGGCGUACGGUUCUCUGUGACCGAGAGAAAACACCACUGCCGAAACUGCGGAGACGUCUUCUGUGCCAAAUGCAGUCACCACGAGUCGGAAAUCAUUCGUCUGAGGAUCCUGAAGCCGGUGCGCGUCUGCCAGCGCUGCUUCGACCUCCUCCGGCCGCACUAACCAAUCAGCGCGCUCGGUGGGCCGGCGUCCACCAAUCAGCGCGCUCGGUGGGCCGGCGUCAACCAAUCAGCGACGCGCAACAGCUGACGGCGACCAAUCAGCUCCAGCGGUGGCCGCCAUGACCUCGCCGACAGCCAAUGGGGAGCCUGGGAUACUCUCAGCAGCCAAUCACGAUUGACUUUAAUGUGACGGUAAAGAGUUACCCGCUUCUCAUGGUUCUGAGCCACAAGAAAGGCAGCUAGAAGAGGAAUGACGAGGAAAAUCUCCUGGUUUGUCGUUUGUAGUGGACUGUAGGGCCGAGUUUCUGUGCGGAUUGGACAUUGUAGUGUAUAUCGUAUAGCUCUAGUCGCUAGAGUGGCGUCCAGCUAUGUGCCAUACUGCGCUGUUGUGUGUGACGCGCACUGUAUUCAGCCGGCUAUCUAUUUGUGCUUGUCAACGCCAGGUACCCUGCUUCUGUCUGUAGUCGUGUGAGUGGCCGACAGAUGGCAGGCAGGUGCUGCUAUCGCUUUCGCUCCCGAUGGUCGGGUAGGCAGAUAGGAAAUCAAAGCAUUCCCUAUGGCUGAUCGGUCGGUGCGUGGUUAUCACGAAACGGAGUGGAAAAGCGGAAUAGAGUCAAUGGGAAGGUCUCUCAACGGUGUGGCGCAUAUUUCCAACCAGCGGAGGUGGAAUGGUCAAAGGCUCUCCCGUGUAUAUUACAGUCAUGCUGACAUUCCGUUUUGCCGCUAGCCACUGGGCAAACGCUAGGCUCGAUGUCGCUAGUCAUAAGCUGCCCUGAGCUUGCCUAAGCGCUGAUGAGACCAGCUCGAAUGCAUGUAUCCCAGUCGAUGUGCGAAAUGUAUCUGCGAAACUGGCUGAACUUGUAUAUUGACGUAGUCAUUUCCUACCCCGGCUUAUUCACGCCCUAAGACAUGUAUUGUCGAGGUUAAUAAUCUCCUUUGGUCUUGUGUUAGUAAGCCAAUAUCAUGUUGUUUUGUACUUUUAUGCUAUUUCUGAUCGCCGCAAGUCAGCUAUGCUGGUUUCGAUAUGCUAUGUUUGCGGCAUAACUAUCAUGUAUCGUUUUUGCACGUGCGUUAUGCGAGGAGUACGUCCUUCAGACGUACUCUCACAGCUACUUAACCAUCUCUCGCGCUAUGAUGUGAUCUUUUGAGGAAUAUGGAUGCUUUGAUCAUGUAUAACGGUGAUUAUCGAUGAUCUUUCGCUACGAAGUGUGUAUUUAAAUUUAUCGAAAAUCAGGCCAGUAUGGAUUCAUUACGUUAAUUUCCAUGAGCUUUUUCAGUAUUAUUAGCGUGGGGGACAGUUUUCGUUGUGACACCUAUGAUACUGUAACCCUUGAUCGAUUAUUGUAGUUGGAGCCGCCGGUUGCACCCUAGUCAUUGCGUCUCUGCACGCAUAUUUAUUUAUCGCCCUGUGUUUCAGUGAUAAUCUAGGCAUUCCUCUGGUAUGACAUGUAGGCACUACGGCUAGUGCGAAGCAUAGUACAUGAAAGAGCACGUGAACAACUUACAAGUCCGAUUUAAUUGCUGGGCACCUAUGUCGUAGGAUAGCCCGUAGGUCCGCUUCAAAUAUGCAUGCUAUCGCUAAUGAUGAACGCUAAAACGGUUUUGUAAAAAUGAAGUAAAAAAAAGUUAAAAACUAGGCUAAUGAGUCGCACAGCGAGUUUCGUCAUAUUGAUGGAAUAUGUAUGUUCCUUUGUUGUCAUUUGGCUUUGCAUUGUGAUUGAUGUUCUGAAGCAGCUAUAUGGGCCCCAUUAUGUCCGAUAUUUUGUCCCGAUUUUUCGACUUGCGAUGUGUUGUGGCUGCACCAAUCCUGAGUGCUGAACUGGAAGAGACGCCAGCGAACGCCUAUGUGAUGUAGUCAAUACAACAGCUCUAUGUGUA